UCGAAAGUAGGUUAGCUAGCUACGGAGAGAGAACGAAAGACAGUGAGAGGGAGAGGCAAGGAAAGAGAGGUGGAGAGAUCUGACUGUAAACACAUGUCGCAUAUUCGCACUGGAGAAAAUAUUUCUAGUUAGCAACGAAAGGGGAAAAGACGAAUACUUGUGUAUUUCACUUAUGGGCGCGUUUUAGGAAACGUAUGAGGACUUGUUUUCCCUUUUGUUAUAUUUUUUUGCAAUGCUAAUUGCUUUCGUUUGGAGCUAAGAUCACAAGUUUUAUUUUAGCCAGCUUUACAGCUAGCUUCAUAGCUAGCUAAAUAUUUUUUCACUUUCAUGCGCCGGAGUUGUGCCAUUCGAAGACGAUAAGUAAUCAAAAUGAGAGCCCAAAUCGAGGUCAUCCCGUGUAAGAUCUGCGGGGACAAGUCCUCGGGAAUCCACUAUGGAGUGAUCACCUGUGAAGGCUGCAAGGGGUUCUUCCGGCGCAGCCAGCAGAACAACGCCAUGUACUCCUGCUCGCGGCAGAGGAACUGCCUGAUCGACCGCACCAACCGCAACCGCUGCCAGCACUGCCGCCUGCAGAAGUGCCUGGCGCUGGGCAUGAGCCGCGACGCGGUGAAGUUCGGCCGCAUGUCGAAGAAGCAGCGGGACAGCCUGUACGCGGAGGUGCAGAAGCACCAGCAGUCGCAGUCGGGCUGCGCGGCGCUGGCGGGCGCCACGCAGGAGGAGGAGGAGUCCGGCGAGGACGGCGGCCUCAGCAGCGGCUCCAGCGCCGCCCUCAGCGACCUGGACGACAUCGCCACGCUGCCCGACGGCCUGCUCUUCGACCUGCCGCUCACGCCCGAGGGCGCCGGCGGCUACUGCGGCCUGGAGCUGCUGGGCGGAGCCUGCGGGGGCGUGGCCUGGGGCGGAGGGGGCGGGAGCAGCGGCGGCAGCAGCCUGUCCUCCCACAGCUCGCCCGAGCAGUGCGGCCUGGACGUCGGCGACGGCGGCCACGUCAAGCACGAGUACGACCUGCUGCACGAGACCGCCCUCUUCGACCACUCGCCGCUGGACGCCCUGCCCGAGGAGCUGUCUCAGCUGGAGACAGAGCACAUCGCGCAGAACGUGGUCAAGUCCCACCUGGAGACGUGUCAGUACAGCGCCGAGGAGCUGAGGAGGCUCACCUGGAACCUGUACACACCUGAGGAGACGCGCGCCUUCCAGGGCAAGUCUGCGGAGUGGAUGUGGCAGCAGUGCGCCCAUCACAUCACCAACGCCAUCCAGUACGUGGUGGAGUUCGCCAAGCGCAUCCCCGGCUUCAUGGACCUCUGCCAGAACGACCAGAUCAUCCUCCUCAAAGCAGGUUGCCUGGAGGUGCUGUUGAUCCGCAUGUGUCGUGCCUACAACCCGCUUAACCACACCAUGCUCUUCGACGGCAAGUUUGCCGGACCUCAACUCUUCAAGGCUCUUGGAUGUGAUGACCUGGUGAGCUCCAUGUACGAGCUGGCUAAAGGCCUGUGCCGCCUGCAGCUCACAGAGGAGGAGAUGGCUCUGUUCAGCGCCGCCGUGCUCCUGUCACCAGACCGGCUGUGGCUGACGGACUCCCUGAAGGUGCAGCGGCUGCAGGAGAAGGUCUACCUGGCCCUGCAGCACUGUCUUCACAGGAACUGCGCCAGCGAGACCAAACUGGCCAAGAUGCUGUCCAAGCUGCCCCUGAUGAAGUCCAUCUGCAACCUGCACGUCGACAAGCUGGAGUUCUUCCGCCUGCUCCACCCGGAGACGGCCUACAGCUUCCCGCCGCUCUACCGCGAGGUGUUCGGCAGCGAAAUCGCCUUCCCCGACUCCACGGACAGCUAAGCUCCAGCGGAGCGGAGCGGAGAGAGAGAGGGAAGGGAGAAAUAGAGAGAGGGGAAAGAAGAAAGAAGAUGAAGAGAGGGUGUGUUUGGAGAGGGGCAGAGGCAGUGGUGCGGGCAAUCGGGAGAAUUCGACCAGCAGUUCAGUGACAAUCGACCACGUUACUCCACACACUACACCCACUACACCUCUGACCUUCGACCUUCGACCUCCAGUCUCCCUUAAACACUAAUGGUCACAGCAGCUUACACUGCUGGAGUGAGCCGGCCCUAGUCUUACACAGCAGGGCCUUUCUCACCGUGACAUCACACUCCAGGUGCUGGCGCUGAGGGUAUUGCGGGCGUACAUACCGUACGGUAAACAGGGUCCGUAGCUUAUCUUCCUCAGUUUACUGUCCUCCUGUAUGAGAUUGUGCACCACCUUGAGCCAAAAUGGCUCCACGGCGUGAGGGAGAAUUCAGGCUCCUCCUGCCCAAUCCUCGGUGCGCCCUAAGUCCCUCCAGCGAAAAAAAAACGUGAAUGUACCCCUUAGACGCAAACAAGAAUGUACAUACUGCCCCCUGUGGUCGGCAGUGGUACAAUGCCCAAAUUAUUUUUCACAAUAUACCUCAUCCACCAGUCAACUCUUCACCAUUUACAGUGGCCAAAACUGUUUAGCCUUUUUUUUUCUCCAAACAGGCAGUUCAAAGGGACCAAGAUCACUUGACUGUUUUUUUUUUAGUAGCAACAAGGAAGUAACGACUGUGACCUAGGUGUAGCGUGUUGUGAAACAGCAGUUCAUCUCCCAAUCAUUUAUUGCCCUUAUACGUCGCCCUUAUCACAUUGACUGCCGUGCACGGGUAAACUGCACAACACGAGCAACACUGUGCAUGCACACGCACAAGCGCACACACACACACACACUCUCACACGCGCACAAGCGCGCACACACACACACACUCUCACACGCGCACAGACGAAGCACUAACUCGCUGCCCUGCAGGCGUUCCGAACGACGCGCGUGCAGACAGCGUUUGCAAGUUUCAAUGGUAAAACCUCAGUCCCAAUUCCCUUUUUCCCUUUGCAAUCGCCACUUCGAGAGAAAGACAAAAGUAUGUUAUUUUUGUUUAUAAAUGCAUUUAGGAAAAAAAAUAAGAAUGUGUAUGAUAAAUAUAUAUAUAUAUAUAUAUGUGUGUGUAUGUAUGUAUAGAGGGAGAAAAAAAGUAGCCGGGACAGUGUGAUUGGCUCCCUGCCUCCCAGUGACUGCCUAAGGAAAAUUCCAGCGCUUCUGGAAAUUAAAAAUUUUUUAAAAGAAAAAAAAAAACAUUGGACAGCAGGAAAAGGCCUGGAACGCUGGUGGGGAAGGAGGGGAGGAGGAGCGGCUCGGACAGGACAGGCGCUCCAGCAGCUCGACUUCUCAGGGUUUCCGCAGACCCCCCACGGAAGAGGAAACUGGAGGAGGCCGAAACAAAAUGGCGGCCAGGUCAGGUUCGCUCCGCAGCCCCCAAACGUCGACCAGGAUGGGGGGGGCGGAGGGUCAGACCUGGCUGUUGGGGGGGACAGGACGUUUCUUUUCAAAUGAAGACAGAGGACAAGCAUUUCAUCCGUGUUUUUCCUUCCUUUCGUUUCUAUCCAAUUCUUGUUUUCCUUUUUUUUUUUGUGUGUUGAGAACCUGCUGGAAUGUUGGAACUUAAGUGACACGUGCAGUGCGAUGCACCGCUCACCUUAAAAAUGACCCUGAAACUGUGGGAAGCUCAAAAAAAAAAA